AUGGAGAGGCUCAAGUUACCAACGUUGUCAGGGGACAUAAGAGAAUACAAUGUAUUCAAGGCUGAUUUUCAGCAUGUUAUACAUCCACAUUACGAUGGGAGAGAUGCUUUGAUGAUCCUGAGGUCUUGCUUGAAGGGGAAACCACUUCAACACGUUAGAGGAAUAGGACGAGACUACGAAGCUGCUUGGGGUCAGCUAGAUCUGCUCUACGGAGACUCAAGGAUGGUAGCGGAUGCUAUUAUGGAAGACGUAUCCCGAUUUCGUCCUCUGAAAGAUGGAGAAGAUGAGAGAUUCUGUGACUUUGUGAAUCUCAUACGCAGAAGUUUCAAUACCUUAAAGAAGGUAGAUAGAGCUGAGGAUAUGAACAAUAGCCACAUGCUAGCCAUCAUUGAGAAGAAGCUCUAUGUCACAGAUCGACAGAUGUGGUUCCGAAAGCAAGGAGAAGGAACAACGGCGACAUUAGAGGCACUGUUGAAGUGGAUGGAGAUCGAGUUGAGAGCAAGGAUAAGAUCAUCUGCUCCAGUGAGGAAUGAUGCAGCGUCUAAGUUCAGAUCCGCAGUUAAUCAGAUCACAACAUUUGAGGAAAGACAGCAAGACUAUCGUUGCUGGAUCUGCAAGAGUAAGGAUGGGCACUGGACUGACCAAUGCAAGACUUUCCUUGAUAAGUCUACAGCAGAGAGAUUGGAGUUGGUGAAGAGCAGCCGAGCUUGUUAUAGUUGUUUAAAGCAAGCCGGUAGAGAGCAUCGGAUGGCUACCUGUAACAAAAGGAGACGUUGUCCAGAGACAUACAAGGGGCAACCAUGCAAGUUCUUUCAUCAUCCAGUGUUACAUCCCAGCAUGGACAACAAUGCAGUGGGAGUAGCCCUUUUAAGAGGGACGGAAGCCAUGCUACCCGUCAUCAGGGCAAGGUUCACAGGUUCUCAGCUAAAGAGAGAAGGAAACGUGCUCUUAGAUUCAGGAGCCCAGAUCAGCAUCAUCCGCCAAGGGCUCGCUGAAGACUUGGGACUGACAGGAAAGAGAAUCAGCAUCACAAUUACCAAGGUGGGCUGUGUAGAGGAAUUUGUGACGACAUCCUUGUAUAGAGUGCCAGUCAGCUCAGUAGAUCGGAAGACUAUCCAUAAGAUAUUAGCAGUGGGGUUACCGUGCAUCAAUGAUGACAUCGAGGAGGUGAACAUUGCUAAUCUUGCUCGUCAAGUAGGUCUCAACCCCAGAGAGUUACGCAGAGGUAGUGGGUCAAUAGAUCUUCUGAUAGGAAUUGACCACGCUAUGAUGCACGCAGGUGAAACGAGACAGCGAGGCAACUUCAUCUUUAGGAAGUCACCACUUGGAUGGGUGGUGUUUGGAGCAUCUAAGCUGAACCAGUAG